AUGGGACUGUGCCUCUGCUCCUGGCUCAGCCCAGCCUACCCUCCAGGAUGCCAUGCUUUGGGGUAUCAAGUGACAUCACAUCCUCUGAUCUCCACAGAGCGAGACAGAAAAGUUUCCCCACCCUUCACCCAGCGGGGCCCCCCUCCUCUUACCUGGACUUGCCCAGCUUUCUGGCCCUCUGGCCGGGCGGGAAGUAGCAAGGAAGCUAGGAUGGGCUCCUCCUUCGCUGUAGGAUCCCUGCUCCUGCCGCUGGCCCUGCUGCUCCUGUCCGUUGGGUCCCAGACGCAGCUGAUAUUCAGGAUGAGGCCCCCGGAGAAGCGGAACGUCCGGCCAUCUGAGAAGGUGCAGCUGCAGUGCGAGACGCUGAGCUUUUCGCAGACAGGAUGCUCGUGGCUGCGCCUGGCCCCCGGAGCCCAGGUCCCCACCUUUCUGCUCUUCAUCUCGGGCAACAACCCAAGCGUGAAGCGGGCCGAAGGCCUGGACCCCACACGAUUUGGGGGUGAAAGGAUCUCGUCGUCCACGUACCGCCUGACUCUGAAUAACUUCAGAGACGAGGACCAGGGCCACUACUACUGUGUGGUAACUCGCAACUCGGCGCUGUUCUUCAGCCCCUCGGUGCCUGUCUUCCUGCCAGUAAAGGCUACCACCACCCCUGCACCCAAGCCCAAGACCACCACUCUCCUAGCCACCACCAGCUCUUCCAUCCAGAUUUCAGAUUCUGAGAAGUGCAAGUCCAUCUUGAGGAAGCAAGAAAAGAAGGGAUUGGAUUUCUCCUGUGACCUGUACAUCUGGAUGCCCCUGACCGGUGUCUGUGUUGUCUUGCUUCUGGCCCUGAUCACUACCAUUACCAUCUGCCAGAGGUCACGAAAACGAGUCUGCCGAUGUCCAAGGCCCCUGGUCAGACCAGGAGGAAAAUCUGCCCCAUCGGAGAGAUAUGUUUAACCCAGCUGAUGAAUGUGCGGCAGCGUUGAACAUGGAGGUGUCUACUACAAGACGGU